GUGGAUAAUAUUUUCUAUUGGUCGAUGGAAUUUUCAAACUUUUUCUUUUUUUAUGUUCAACGUUUUCUUUUCCCUCUAUAUAUAACAGCACGAUCAGACGAUGCUUUCCAAAGUUCCUGGACUUCUUUCUCGACUGCUCCACACCCUCAAACCAAAAGUAAAAUUUCCACAAGCCGGUGUUCAAGUGUCUAGAUAUCUGCAUCACGCUGGUCCUUUGUUCAUGUAAUUCUGGUACUUCAAGGUUGAUAGACACGUGUAGGACCAACCAUAUGGAGGAAUCUACAAGACAUGGAGCUCUUCCUGUGUUCACAAAUGAAGAUAAGGUUGGACCUUCCAGCACAAAGAAAGCAACUGUUCAAGAUAUACUUACUAAGUCUGAAGGUCCUCGGAAUGAAACCUGCUGUUUAGAUUGCAAGAACAAAAAUAGCUGCCGAACUGUGCGGUCAAGGACAAAAAUGAUGAACAUUCUUGUAGAAAGGGGGAAACCUCAAGAAGCCGAGUCCAUCUUCAGAAAUCUCAUUGAAGGAGGGCAUAAACCUUCUCUAAUAUCUUACACGACCCUGCUUGCUGCAUUGACUAUCCAGAAGCGUUUUGAUUCCACACGCUCUAUCAUCAUGCAGGUGGAAGAGAAUGGAAUGAAGCCUGAUUCAAUCUUUUUCAAUGCUGCUAUUAAUGCUUUCUCAGAAUCUGGUAAUAUGGAGGAGGCAAUGGAGGCCUUUCAUAAGAUGAAGGCGAGUGGAAUAAGACCCACUACCAGCACUUAUAACACAUUAGUCAAAGGGUUUGGCAUUGCUGGGAAGCCUGAAGAGUCUAUGAAACUUCUGGACCUGAUGUCCCAAGAGGGAAAAGUGAAACCUAAUGUAAGAACAUAUAAUGUCUUAGUCAGAUCAUGGUGCAGUAAGAAGAACAUCACUGAGGCAUGGAAUGUAGUUAACAAAAUGGUGGCCUCCAAUAUGCAACCUGAUGCCGUUACUUACAACACUAUCGCCACCUCAUAUGCUCAGAAUGAAGAGACGGAAAAGGCUGAAGAUCUAAUCCUAGAGAUGCAGAAAAGUAACGUGGAGCCGAAUGAGAGAACUUGGGGCAUCAUUAUAACUGGUUAUUGUAAGGAACGUAAAAUGAAGAAGGCUUUGAGUUUCGUUUACAGGAUGAAGGAUCUUGGAAUGCAUCCCAAUCUCGUUCUUUUUAAUUCACUGGUCAGAGGCUUUGUUGAAAUUAUGGACAGAGAUGGUGUUGAUGAGGUUUUGAAGUUGAUGAAUGAAUUCGGGGUGAAACCAGAUGUUGUAACAUAUAGCACCAUCAUGAAUGCAUGGAGCACGGCAGGAUACAUGGACAAGUGUGAGGAGAUCUUCGAUAGCAUGGGGAAGGCUGGCAUACAACCUGAUGCACAUGCUUAUAGCAUCUUAGCCAAAGGCUAUGUCCGUGCAAAAGAAACUGAGAAGGCAGAAGAGCUCUUAAUGGCCAUGAUCCAUUCGGGUUUUCGCCCAAAUGUGGUCAUUUUCACAACCAUCAUCAGUGGAUGGUGCAGUAACGGAGACAUGGACCGUGCAACUAGAGUUUUGGACCAUAUGUGCGAAUAUGGGAUUUGUCCAAACUUGAAAACUUUCGAGACUCUAAUUUGGGGUUACAGAGAAGCGAAGCAACCGUGGAAAUCAGAGGAAAUCCUCCAGAUUAUGGAAGAAUUUGAUGUUCGGCCUGAAAAAUCAACUUUCUUAUUGGUUGCAGAAGCUUGGCGAGCUACUGGAUUAUCCAAAGAGGCAGAGAGAAUAUUGGCUACUUUCAAAAGCCUAAAAUUGGCCAACACGAGGAAGUCAGAGGAAGAGAAACCCGUGGAGAACUUGGAAAGAAUUUAUCAGAGGCAAAAUGACAGUGCACGGAAUUCUCAUAUAUUACAGAUACCCGGCAUAGCAGGAAGUGAUCACGUAGGAACUGUUGCAGCCACGAAAAAGAGCCGAAUGCUAUCAAGGGAGAAAGAAAUAUCAUUCGAGUGCACGUCGUUUGCUAUGAGAUCUAUGCAUCUUUCUAAUACGUGUAAAUUUGGGUCACGUUUGCCAGUCAUCUGCCAAAAGCAGUCUCAAGUGGGUAUUGGCGUGUGCGCCCAGAUUGCUCAACCGUGUACAGUGGUUUUCUUGAACUGAUGACAAGAGAUGCUCUACUCUUUUUUUCUGGUGUCAAGUAUGUUAGUUGUUGUGCCUCAAGAGGAGAUGUGCCCUGAGGAUGGUGUAUGUAGGUACAAAGGAACUUCUGCACCACUCAUCAAAUAUGAUUUGUUCUAUUUUGGUA